AUGACGCUAGCAAGCAUGGGGGCUCAGAGAGCUAUUUUCCGCAGUACAAGCAACUGUCUACGGUAUAGGUUUGCGCAGGAAAGCUGGGGGUCAGCGUCAGAGGAAAGGGUGGAGCUCCCGAGACAGGGCGCCGAACUCCCGGGACGCAGCACCCAGGCAUGUCAGCUCCGGGAAGCUGAGAAGGCAGGCCCGGGAACGCCGGGCCAUGAGCCGGCACGGGGAGCAGCCACGGAAAACAAACCAGGAAUGCUCGUCCCUUUCCCCCCACCCCAGGUUAGAUAUUCGCCGUUGGCGAAGUUGUUCUACAAACACGUAUCUACACAUAUCAAUGUACACGCGCACACUUCAGUAGAAUUAAAACAGUGUGACAAAGCUCAACCUUCCUCUUUUUUUCAUGUGAUAGGGAAGCGGUAUCUGCUAACAGAAGAUCACAUAAAGUUGCAAGAAUUUCAGCAGAUGAAAAUGGCAAUUAGAAAUGAAGUUCAUGGCAACAAAGAUCCGUAUUUUAAAAGUAUUAAAGAAAAAUUAAAGACAAAUGGAAAGAUUCUCAAAAAUGAAUUAAAAAAUGUACUGCAUUUAUGUCAGACUUCAUCUGAUGUGGAACUAGCCAGAAAAGUUAUUUACAGGUACCAUGAACAGAAUGAAAUCACAGCCUUAAAUGAUUUUAAAUUUGGGCCCCUCUUUAUGAGACUAUGUUAUGAGCUAGACCUUGAAAGGCCUGCAGUAGAACUUAUUAAAGAUCAGAAUUUGCGUGGUUUUUUCUCGGAGAGUACAUCAUUCCAUAUUUUGAUGACUAUGUUGUUUAAAAAGGGCCAUUUUGAAAGUGCUUUGGAAGUUCUGGCAGAAAUGAAAAAACAAGGUGUACCUUUCAACAAAGAAACUUACCUACUGGCAUUUGCAAUAUGCUACAAACUUGACAACCUAGAGUCUUGGAAAAUCUCUGGGAAACUGCUUGAAGAAGCACAGCUAAGGGGUGUCACAUUGCCACUGCGAGUGUUCUGCUUUGCUGUGGCAACUGCUCUGAAGCAGGAUGAUGUAGUGCUAGCCAAAUUUUAUUGUUCCCAGAUAAUGAAAACGGAGAGCAAACUAUAUAGUAAUCUUAAAGUUCUUGUCCAGCUCAAAUCUGGUUCACUUGAAGAAGUAAUAAAGACAUUAGAGGAAGCAGUGGAAGUAGAUACUCCUCCCUUUGUGAAAAAAAUUGAGUUUUCUGAGCAGGUGCUGGCUACAGUCAGGGAAAAGAUGGAAGAAACUCCCAGCCUUUCUGCCAAAUUAGAGAAGAUAUAUACAAAACUACAAGCUUCAGGACAAAUAACUUCCAGCACGCUGGAAGACAUGCUUUUCCAGAUUCCUAGUUCAAAGAAGACACCUGCAAAGCUUUUACAUCACAAGUUAUUGGGCUAUCAGGCUGCUAAACCUCUUCAUUCAAAUCUGUUGUUGGAAUAGUUCAGUAUUUAAUGGGAAACUGAACUGCUGCUAACAUCUCUUAGAAGCUAGGUUCAAUUAAAAAAUAUUUUCUCC